AUUUUACACGCAUAGGAGUUGAUUGUAAAAUGGGAAAAAAGGACAGAUGCAAAAAGAAAGGGAAAGGAGCUGAGAAAACGGCAUCGAAAACUGACAAGAAACUUAAACAAAAAAAUAAAAAAGAACUUGCUGCUAUAGGAGAGAUUUUGCGGGUUCAAAUGAAGGUGAUGAAUUGGAAAGUAUUUGAAAGUACACUUGCAGAACAUCAACAGUAAAUAACUAUGAUGGACAGCCAUUCCAACAUACCAACCAGUAUAAGAAACCAAAGGAUGAUAUUGAAAAUAUUGUAGCACAAAUAGAACUUGAAGAGAAGAAACAACAAGAAGUGGUAGAAAUUAUUGUUUCCCCUCCUUCAAGUAGAGCAAACUUUUCGUUAACAGCACAUCCAGAUAAAGAAGAACUAAUCCUUCUUGGAGGGGAAUAUUUCAAUGGACAAAAGACCUUUUUAUAUAGUGACUUAUACUUCUACAACAUCCCUCGGAAUGAGUGGAUACGAAUGAAGGCUCCUGGCGGGCCCCCUCCAAGAUGUAGUCAUCAAACAGUUGCAUUAUCUGCAGGCAAAGGCCAGUUAUGGGUGUUUGGAGGAGAGUAUGCAAGUCCAACACAGUCACAGUUCUACCAUUAUAAUGAUCUCUGGGUAUAUCAUGUGUCAAUGAAAAAAUGGGAAAAAAUAAGUGCUUCUGGAGGACCGUCGUCAAGAAGUGGGCAUAGAAUGGUGUAUAUUAAGAAGCAGCUGAUUGUGUUUGGAGGCUUCCAUGAUAAUUUGCGUGACUAUAAGUACUUCAAUGACGUGUAUGCCUUUAAUCUGGAGAACUACACGUGGAAACGAAUAGAACCUACAGGAACCCCACCUGCUCCUCGAUCAGGUUGUGUAAUGGUGGCUUUACCCAAUGGAAAAGUGCUCAUCUAUGGGGGAUACAGUAAAGAAAAAAUCAAACGUGAUGUUGAUAAAGGUGUAAUACAUACAGAUAUGUUCCUAUUAACACCAGAAAAGAAUGACAUAUCAGGACUGAAAUGGAAAUGGGUGGCAGUGAAACAAUCUGGAGCUCGUAUCUCAGCACGCUGUGGCAUGUCUGUAGCCGUUGCACCUGGCAACAAAGCCUAUGCAUUUGGUGGAGUAUGGGACAUUGAAGACAGUGAAAAUGAUCUAGCAGGGACAUUCUACAAUGACCUUCUUACUUUGGAUUUUGAUAAAACACUUUGGAGGACAGUCACACUGUCAGGUAAGAAGGAUUCUGGGAAGCAGAGAAGACGGCGCAAGGAGAAAAAUGAAUUACCCAAUGAUGUUGAAAAUGAUGAUUCUGAUAACAUAUUAAAUGAAAUGGAUACACUUGAAUUGCAAGAUGCUGUGAGUGAUAAUGGAACAGAAGAGGUAGCAGCUGUACCUUCUGCAUCUAAUGCUGUGGUAUCAGAUGAUGGUAUUUUCAAAGUAACAGUGAGUUCUGUUACAUCAGUGUCAACAUCUCAACAAAAUGUGGAAGGUAGCUCAGAAGCAAGGCAGGCAUUCUCUCCGUCACCUAGAAUGAACUGUGGCCUGGUUGUGAAGCAUAGUAUCCUUUACUUGUAUGGAGGACUGAUUGAGGAAGGGGAUAAGCAGUUUACCCUAUCAGACUUUUAUUCUUUAGAUCUACACAAACUGGAUGAAUGGAAGACACUUAUCCCAAAUGAUCUAACAAGCCAAGAAUGGUUAGAAUCAGACAGUAGCUCAGAUGCCAAUGAAGAAGACUCAGGAUCAGAUGGUGACAGUGAAAGUGAUGAAGAACAAACUCAGAUGGUAGUUGAUGAAAUUCAGCAAUAAAUUAAGUGUAUAACUGUCAUUAAUCAUGUUAUUGAUAUGUCAAAAUAUAUAAAUACAUAUUAUCAUCAUGUACUUUUCAGUAAAAAAGGAGUGGUAUAUAAAAUGUAAAGACUCUUUUUCAAACUGUAAA